ACAGCCUUUCUCCUGACGAGGGUGCCGCCUCGCCCUCCCUGGUGUAAAAAUGAAUGUGGAGGUGCCAAUGAAGCCGGGGAAUCCAAGCUGAGUGCUGUUUGCUCAGGAGGAGUGGAUGCUGAGCUGUGUGUUUGUUUUGGUAUCUGGUGUGGGUGAGGUGAUUGGAGCAAGGCGGAGAGGCCUGGGGCUGGCAGAGUUUGCUCAAGGAAACAAGGCUGGCGUGGUAAGAUCUUUUAUUGGACCAGCUUCCAUUGGUGAGAGAGGCAAUUUCGAGUUUACCCAGAGCUCUGGGAAAGGUACUCGGAGAGUCACAGCUACGUACAAGGUGGAACCGAUUGUUCAGUGUGAUGCUGCUCGGCGAUUCAGGCGUGGGGAAAACCUGCUUCCUGCUCCAGUUCAAAGACGGGGCCUUCCUCUCUGGGACCUUCAUAGCCACUGUCGGCAUAGACUUCCGGAAUAAAGUUGUGACAGUGGACGGUGUGAAAGUAAAAUUGCAGAUCUGGGACACAGCAGGGCAGGAGCGAUUUCGUAGUGUGACCCACGCCUACUACAGAGAUGCCCAGGCUUUGCUCCUCUUUUAUGACAUCACCAGCAAAAUAUCCUUUGACAAUAUUCGGGCCUGGCUCACAGAGAUACACGAAUAUGCCCAAAAGGAUGUGGUCAUUAUGUUGUUAGGCAAUAAGGCUGAUGUGAGCAGCGGGAGAGUCAUCAAGAUGGAGGAUGGAGAGUCGCUAGCCAGGGAAUACGGAGUGCCUUUCAUGGAGACCAGCGCCAAGACAGGCAUGAACGUGGAGCUGGCAUUUCUGGCCAUUGCCAAAAAAUCUUACGAUGUGGGAGUCCAGCCUUCGAGGAGUCACUCCUGGCAGCACAGCCAAAGCCCUGCCUCUCAGGAGUGGCUUGCGUCAGCCUCCCCUGCAGAACCCAGGACCCCGGUGAUCAGGACUCGGCUGGUUCGGCCUCCAAACAAGCCAGGGCCCAGUGUCUAUCUGGACUGGACCAAGACAAUGUUGGCAGCAUAUCCAGUGCCCCGUUUUCAGGAUGGGACCGAGUCAUCCUCAGCAGCAUAGCCACAACCCUGUAUCUAUCUGGAUUGGGCCAGGUCAGCACUGCUGCACAGCCGGGAUCCCGCACCUUUCCAGUCCAGAGUCCCCACCUUUCUGACCAGUUUCCAUGGUAUGUCUCUGCUCUGGAGUCUCACCAGGAUGAGGGAGCCAGGGCAGCGAACGGAGCAGGAAGAACCAUUUCUCACUCUCUUGCAUUAGCAGGUGAAGUUUUCUUGCAGCGAAUGAAAUCAGCAGAAGUGUUUGCUAAAGGAAGAGGAAUGGGAGACCUUUCCCUUCGACAUCUUGUCCCUCCCCAUUCCCCUCACCUCCCCCAGACCCCUGCAGCUGGGCUGUCUCAUGUGCCCACCUCCUCCUGCCACUGAGCAUGUCCCAAGCAAAGGACUUGGGGUGCGCAGUGUUAUUACAGUGCCUGUUAUGUUGGAAGAAAGCUGCCGAUCGUGGAUAGUGGAGAGAAAGGAGAUCGCUAUCUAUUUUUCUGACUUUAAAAAGAAAUGUUUCAAAUCUGCUCUUAUUUAUAUUUAUCUCAGGCUAGAUUGCUGUUUAAUCCUAUAUGAGAGACCAAGUCCAGCAUGGCACGGAUGCGCUCUGGACCCUGCCCUGCUCCUCUUCUAAAGCAUUGGCACUCGCGCUGCUAAGGUGGGGGUGAGCAUGGAGCCAGCAUUGCCAGCCUGUUUGGAAAAAGGCUGUGCCACUUGCUGCAGAAUCCACCUCCUGGCAGCCACCAGAACAGGGGAGGUCUUAUUCUGCCAGCUCAGGCCAUUGCACUCCCCUGGUCGCGCUCCUACAGAUGGAGCUAGGAGCUGCGCCUCUUCCUGUUGAAAUAAAACUGCUGACAAUUAAGGGCCUGAUCCAAAGCCCGCUGAUGCCUUUGAGAGUCUCCCCGUUGACUUCACUGGGCUCUGGAUCAAGCCCUAAUUGCUGAACGACCUGGUGUUUUGUGCUCUCAAAGGCAACCCCCUGGUGCCUCUCUCCGGCCGUGUUCAAAUAACCUUGAAGCUGUGACACGAAUUGGUCCCAACUGCAGAACAGGAGGCUUUGCGCCUCUCUCCCCAUUGCACCCCCGUAAGCCUGGGUAUUGCAGCACAUGUGGUGCCUUUGAUUACGCAGCAUUCUGAAGGCCCUGGAGCUCACCAGGGAAACACAGGGCAAAGGAGCGAUAUGGGUCCUGCCUUCGGUUUGGUUUUCCUCAGGAGUGCUCAGGGAAUUGAUAACAGGGCACAGGGCCUUUGACCUCUACGCCACCAGCUUAGCUUCAAUCAGAAUUCUUAGUGAAGCCCAGGGAGAGAUUCCCACUGACUUGAGUGAGAGGCAGAUCCAGUCGAAAGGCAGCUGCGCUGAUGGUUACCAGCGGCUGCUGCUCUGGGGAGUGGCCUGUGUGAAAUGAGUCUCUGCCCGGUUCCUAUGAGACGGGUGUGCACAGUACAGAAAUAACCCUUGCAUUUGGCACUGAGUUGCCAGCAGAGCGGCCAAGCUCCACAUGGGCAUGGAGAGCAGGCUCCCCUUCUACUCCCAGACAUGUUGAUGGGAGAUAGUGGGAGAAGGCUUCUCCCCACUGCCACACAGUAGCUCUUUUGUCGAUAGUUAGAGACCGUCCGUCUGCCAAGCUCUCGAGCCAGCACUUCUACAGCUAUUCUUUUUUAGAGUUUAGAUUUCCUGACUGUGGCCCGGGUCUGUCACCUUUACCAUGAUUUUACCAUUUGUCUGGUUUUCAUUUUCCUUUCUCUAGUGCAAGUUGCAAACCCCUGGUAAUUCCUGUGGCCCCAUUCAGCAAGGCACUGAAGCACAUGCUUUACGUGAGUCCCAUUGACUUUGCUGAAUUGGGGCCCUGAGAGUGACUGUGCAUGACUCUCUUCAAGUCCCUGUCUCGUCUGUCUGUGCAGCACCUGUCACAUGCCUGUUGUAUAUAAGGGUACGGAAUAAUUACCCAUUAGAGUUACUGGGCCAAUAUUUCUUUUGUCCAUAUGCUUAAAAAAACCACAAAGGCCAUCCCUCCAGGAACUGGAACUUAUAAGGAAAGUCAAUUUAUUUGACCCCCUAACAGCAAAAGCUAUGUCUACACUACAGACUUCUGCCAGCUUAGAAAUAUUGGGAAGAGAUGUGAUCCCUGACCAGCAUAGCUGUGCUGGUCAAGUUCUAUAGUGUAUACACAAUUAUACCAGCAAAACUGUGCUUUUACCCAUGUAGCUUGUUUCACUUGAGCGGUGUGGUUUCGCUAUACUGGUACAAAGCCCAGCCUUGCUGGUAGAGCUGUGACCAUAAGGAGCGCUUUGCUGGUAUAACAUACCAGUAUUCCUACACCGGUACCGCACUCCUAGUGUAGACAAGGCCUAACUCACACUGAGGCCAGUAGGACCACUGGAGUGUCAGAGGCUAGCAGGAAUUGGCUCUAGUUGGUCACACUGGCUGUUAUGCUCUGUCAGAUGAGAACAGACUUUUGCAGGAUUAUUUCAGCAGCAUGCGCCUCAUCACAGCAGUGCCCUGUAAUUAUUAGUAUCAUCUAGGGCAGUGCCCUGACGAUGCUUAAUAAGCCCAUGGAUGGGAGGAUUGACUUCACACUGAAAUGCUUUAACUGAUAAAUAAAUGCUCCAGAGAGGAAGCACAAACAUCGUUUGCCAAACCAGUGCGGGAGUUAGCCUGUAGAACAGCAUGAUAGAGGUAUCAGGGAGAUCUUUCAUGAUUGUGUCACUUUCUGAUUUGUCCAUUACUUGCAUGUUGGAUUUUUGAUUCCUGUGGUUGAAUUUGGUGCAUCUUAUGCACAGUUCUCCUCAUCCAGUCAGUCAGAGCUUUGCACUAGCCUGAGCAGUUCUCUGGACACAGGGCCCUGCUAUUUGUUUCCCCUUGACUUGAAAUCUCAGGAACGUUUUCUUCACAGGGUGCAAGGCCAUUACCUCCCCCUGUGCUUUGCCAGAGAUGGGCAUUACCAAUUUCACCCUCAGCUCUACACCUGUGCCCCGCACUCAGCACAAGAAGGAAGGAUCAUGGGAUUUAAACUUGCACCAAGUCCUCAUGUUAGUCUGUGUAACAUGCUGUUGAGCUGUCUGAAGAGAGAGUGUAGUAUCUGGGAGGCUAAUUCCUGGUCCAGAUUAAGGCUUUGAAUCAGAGCUGAGGCGAUAACACAGGAGAUUUAUAAACUCCCACCUAUGAAUGUUGUUUGCCUUUCCUUUUUGUCUAUGUAUAUAAUGCAAAUCUUUCUUCCUGCCAUUGUCAGGUAUCACAUUAAACCCACUCUGUAAAGAACUGAUGCCUCAGACACCUCAAUCAGCAAACACUUUAUAUCGUGCUUGCCUAUGAAUUUUGUGGCCUUGAUCUUGACUCCUCCAAAAUCAAUGGGGGUUUUGCCGCUGAGUUUAAAGAGAGCAAGAGCAGGCCCUAUGUGUAAGUUUUAAAAUCAACACUGCUGCCCCUAUGCUUCAUUUUGCCCUUUCUUUAGACUUGUUUCUACUGGCAUCAGUGUCAAAACUCCCAUUCAAUUUGAUGGAACAGGAUCAAGUCCUUUGUCAACAAAAUCAAAGUCACCCUAGCAUCCCAUGUUAUCACAUUAGCCAGGAUCCUAGAAAGCAACGAUAGGAAGAAAACCCAAAUACUUUUGUUGACUCUCUUCUUGUUUACAUAGUUCAUGUAUAUCUGCCAAGUCAUGAAUGCUAUGGAAUGACACUGCGCUGAACCAUUCCACAUGGGAAUCUUUGCUGUGGCAGGAUCACACCCAGCAAGUCCAUUCCCUGGCACAUGUUCUUGAGCUUCUCUCUGUUAUCAGGGUGAUGCCUUUUGCCUCAGCUGUUGUUCACGGAUUGUUGUUUGCAAGUUUACAGAAUUAAAGCUCAGUAUUUUGGAGAGUAAAUGUGUCCGCCUUAGUUCUUGGCGUGAACAAUUUCCAGCUCAGAUCAUUAGAGAAGAGAGAAAGUGUUGCUGGAUGGAAUCUGCAUUGCAAUAUUUGCUGGGCAUUAGAAAAGUAGGGUGUACAAUGCAAGCCCCGGAAUCUCUAGUGAGCGUUUGCCUGGCCCCCAUGAUUUCACUGCACAUUUCAGAGUCCAAAGGCGACUGGGAAGAGUAAACAUGGUCUGUUAAAUUAAAACCAACCUCCUCCCCCUGCUGGUCUCAUGCUGCCGAGUCUAGCAUUCUCCAAAUACCUUUGUCUUCCCACCAAUGGAAUUGCUUCUGUAGCUAGGCUGAUGCUUGCAGAAAAAAAGAAAAAGAAAAAAAGAAAGAAGAGAGAGUUGGUUGACUUUUUUUCUUUUUAAUUCUUUUCUGUUUUGCAAUCUAAAUUUUUAUCUUUCUUAACCUAAUAAGCAGCUGCUGGAAAGAAGGGAAAAAAACAAACAAACCCUGACUGGGAAGAGACCAGGGAAGUGAAGACACCAAUCAGCAAAAUAAACAUUAGUUCAGAAAGCUGCCACAUUCUGCUUUAUCAUUCAGUUCCUGAAUUGCAGGGUAUAUGGUAGGUUUCUUUCCUUCGCUCUGGUGAUUUUCAUCUCCCUCUCUCUGCACAGUGCUAAAGCCAUCCCUGCCACCACUGACUUGUAUUUCCUGGCUUAUAAAAAUAUUCCUGAAAAGCACAUUUUUUGCUUGAAGAGUACAUCAGCUUGCACUACUUUUCAGGGAGAGGACAUGUAUCAUGCUUGCAAAGCAUGUGUUAUAUUUCCCUCUUGUGGUUGGGUCUCUUCUUUGAUAGCCCACUGCUGCUGCCGCCAGUUAAUGGUUACUCAUCUAGCUGUGGAGGUCCAUUCUACAGCAUUGACAGUCCUAGGUUUAAACCCUGCUGAUAACCUUAAGGAGGUAAUUACAGAUGUGCUUCCCAAGCCUCCUCCUAAGGCCUUUAUUUCCACUCUGCAAGUUACUCAGUGCUUCAUGAAGGGCUCGCCUUAGAACAAAAUUGGUUCUUCAGUUGCCUACCUGCCUUGUAUAGUGAAAUGAUAUGAAAGGUGACCCACUUCCUUACGGACAUUCAUCCUGCUUCAAUUUUAACUAGAAGUGGUAGGGCACGAAGUCCACUUUGCUGGAGUUCCCAGGUGACAUUGUCAGCUCUGUGUUGCUGUGAUUCUAUUAAGCAUACUAGUAAUUGUAUAAACAAA